GAAAUUUUAAAAAUGGAUAAUACUCCAACAGAUACUGUAAAUAAUAAUGAUAUAAUUCCAGAAUCAACAGCAACACCAAACACCACUACAACAGAAAAUAAUGUUAAUAAUAGUAAUUUAGCAACUGAACCAAAAGUAACCAUUGUACCAGAUGAUGAAUCAAUUUUAAAAUUUGUCGAUACCAAUUUAAAAUGUGAAAAAGAGUCAUUAGAUUAUCGUAAUAUUUUAUUCAGGGUUAAAACAUGCUUUGAUAGAUAUAUAAAGAAGGAUCAUUUGGAUAUUGUAUCACCAUUGCAUAGCAAUGGAGUUUGUCCAAGAUGUAUAUUCAGAUUCAUGUCAAUAAGAGAAUUUGCAUUGUACCAAGAAGAGUAUUUACAUUUAAUACAUUUAAUUCAUUUUAUGAUUCACUAUCAAAAACAUCAACCAUCAGCAUCGUCAACAUCAUCAACUGCCACCAAUCAAGAUAAAAUGGACACUGAAUCAGUUGAAGGUGAAAAUAAAGAAGAAAAACAAGAAUCAAGCACUACAACUGCUGCUGCCGCUGCUGUUGCUGCACCAAUAGAAAUUCCACCAUAUGAUCCAAAUUCAGUAGAGCUUAAGAAUUCAAUUUGUGUUUGCUGCCUUGGUAUUUUACAAGAUACAAAUAAUAAAGAUUUAUUUUUAGAAGAGUUUGUAGAUAAAAUGAAGAAUUGUGGUUAUCAAUUUAGAGAUUAUUCGUUAGCACUCUCAUUACCAACCUCAACUUUAGUUAGAGACCAUGCUAUAUUCUUUUAUCUUAGAGAAAACUACCCAACUAUAUACCCAAACAAAACCAAUUUCUAUGAAAAAGUUGUUGAAGUUAAAGAAGGUGUUAAAUGGGUAUUAGGUCCAAUUAUUGGUAGAAGAUGUAAUUUCCAAUUUAAACCAUCUAGUGAUUUUAGAGCAAAUAUGAACUAUAUACAUGAAGAAAGUAAAGAUGAUCAUUUAUUUUUAUUUGAUGUUCAAGGCAAAUCAAGAAAAAAACAAAGAGUAUCGACCAAAAGAAACAAAUCAUCAUCACAAGAUUCUACAUCAACAGUUACAGAAAUUUUAGAUCAUAUUUCAAUGAAAGAUUUUAUAGCCAAUGGUAAUGUUCCACCAAAAGCAGUUUCAACCAAAUAUAGAUAUCAAUUGACAUUUGAACAUGCACCAGUUUAUCUUUCUGGUAAAUAUAAUAAGUAUGUUAGAGAUUUACCACAAAGUCCAUGGCAAUUUGACGAUAAUGUUAAUAUCAAAUUAUCAGUUGAAGAAUUAAUUACCAAAGAUUUAAAAGAACUCUUUAAAUGCGAUCAAGUUACCUUCUCAUCAUCUGGUAGAGAGGAUGUCGAUGUAAGAAUGCUUGGAAACGGCAGACCAUUCUUUAUUGAACUUGUUAACCCACAUAAAAUAUUUUUUAACAAACCAGAUUUUGAAAAGCUCGAAGAAUCCAUCAACGUCAAUACAUCUAUCAAGGUAUCAAAUUUACAAAUCAUCACUAAAAAAGAAACAAAUAUUAUCAAAGACUCUGGUGGUACCAAACAAAAAGAUUACCGUUGUAUCGUUUGGUGUAGCAAACCAUUACAACCUUCCGAUUUAGAUAUUUUAAACUCUAAAACAAAUAUUGCAAUCUCUCAACAAACACCAGUUAGAGUUCUUCAUCGUAGAUCCCUCAUGGUAAGAGAUAAAAAAGUUGAAAAAUUAAAAGCCACCUAUAUAUCACCUCAUUUCUUCACCCUAGAUAUCAUUAAUGCUCAAGCCGGAACCUAUAUUAAAGAAUUUGUUCAUGGGGAUUUAGGACGUACAACUCCAAAUAUUGGUCUAUUCUUUGGAUGUGAUACUGAUAUUUUACAGCUAGAUGUUUUAAAUGUAGAUUUAGAUUUCCCAAAACCAAGAAAAUAA